CAUCUAAAUAUCCAGAGGAACUGCUGAGAUGUUCCGAGAAGCCUUUUUUUCUACUCUCCUUUGUGUGGCUCUAGUUCCUCUCCAUGCUCAGCUUGAUGUGGAUCCUGGAGAAGUCAGUCCUACCUCCUGCACAGAAAAGAGGAACUGCCCCAUCAAUGUGUACUUCAUCAUUGACACCUCGGAGAGCGUUGCUCUGCAGACUGUGCCUAUCCAGAGCCUCGUGGAUCAAAUAAAGCGGUUCAUCCCUGUGUUCAUCGAUAAACUGGAGAAUGAGCUCUACCAGAACCAAGUCUACAUCACUUGGCAGUUUGGUGGACUUCAUUACUCGGAUGUGGUGGAAAUUUACAGCCCUUUAACGAGCAGCAAAGACAUAUACCUCCCCAGGCUGUCCGCUAUUAACUACCUUGGCCGGGGCACCUUCACGGACUGCGCUAUCUCCAACAUGACGGAGCAGAUCCAGACCCAGAUGGCCUCAGGCGUGAACUUUGCGGUAGUCAUCACUGAUGGCCAUGUCACUGGCAGCCCCUGCGGUGGGAUGAAGAUGCAGGCUGAGAGAGCGCGGGACAUGGGGAUCAAGCUGUUCGCAGUGGCCCCCAGCCAGAACGUCUACGAGCAGGGACUGCGGGAGAUCGCCAACCUGCCACACGAGCUGUACCGCAACAACUACGCCAUCACACAGAAGGACACCCUGGACAUUGAUGUGAACACCAUUGACAGGAUAAUCCAAGCUAUGAAACACGAAGCCUACGGAGAGUGCUACAAGAUGAGCUGCCUGGAGAUUGCAGGUCCGCCUGGUCCCAAGGGAUACCGAGGGCAGAAGGGUGCAAAGGGGAAUAUGGGUGAGCCAGGCUCCCCUGGGCUGAAGGGACGACAGGGUGACCCAGGUAUUGAAGGUCCGAUCGGAUACCCUGGUCCCAAGGGUGUCCCAGGGCUGAAAGGAGAGAAGGGCGAGAUUGGAUCUGAUGGACGGAGGGGUGCCGCUGGUUUGGCAGGCAGGAAUGGCACCGAUGGACAGAAGGGAAAGCUGGGGAGAAUUGGACCACCGGGCUGUAAGGGAGACCCUGGUGACAAGGGCCCUGAUGGCUACCCAGGAGAUGCAGGAGACCAAGGUGAAAGAGGAGAUGAAGGCAUAAAGGGAGAUCCUGGCCGGCCUGGUCGCAGUGGACCGCUAGGACCUCCAGGAGAAAGAGGAAGCCCGGGUCUUCCAGGCGACCCUGGAGCUCAAGGGCCUGCUGGAAUUAAGGGAGGAAGAGGUGAAGCAGGACCUCCUGGACCCAAAGGAGAGCCUGGUCGACGUGGAGAUCCAGGGACAAAAGGCAGCAAAGGCACUCCUGGAGCCAAAGGAGAAAGGGGAGAUCCUGGUCCAGAGGGUUCUCGUGGCCUGCCUGGCGAGGUUGGAAACAAAGGAGCAAGGGGAGACCAAGGACUGCCAGGACCUCGAGGCCCAUCAGGUGCUGUGGGAGAGCCAGGCAACAUAGGAUCACGUGGGGACCCUGGUGACUUGGGCCCGAGAGGUGAUGCCGGACCACCAGGACCAAAGGGUGACAGAGGCAGGCCUGGCUUUAGCUACCCUGGACCCAGAGGACCGCAGGGUGACAAGGGUGAGAAGGGGCAGCCGGGACCCAAGGGAGGAAGAGGUGAGCUUGGACCAAAAGGAGUGCAAGGCACCAAAGGAGUGAAGGGGGAACCAGGCGAUCCUGGCCCAGGAGGGGAGCCUGGACCCCGCGGUCCAACUGGUGAACCAGGCCCUGAGGGGACCCCCGGCCCAGCGGGAGAUCCUGGCUUGACUGACUGCGACGUGAUGACCUACGUGCGAGAGACGUGCGGAUGCUGUGACUGUGAGAAGCGCUGCGGUGCCCUGGACAUCAUGUUCGUCAUAGACAGCUCAGAGAGUAUUGGCUACACCAACUUCACCCUGGAGAAAAAUUUUGUGGUCAAUGUGGUCAGCCGGCUGGGCUCUAUUGCCAAGGACCCCAAGUCGCAGACAGGUGCUCGUGUUGGGGUGGUGCAGUACAGUCAUGAGGGGACCUUCGAAGCCAUCAAGCUUGAUGAUGAGCGCAUUGAUUCACUGUCAAGCUUCAAGGAAGCAGUGAAGCGCCUGGAGUGGAUUGCUGGAGGCACCUGGACACCUUCUGCCCUUCAGUUUGCCUACAACAAGCUCAUCAAGGAAAGCAGGCGAGAGAAAGCCCAAGUGUUUGCGGUGGUGAUCACGGAUGGGCGCUAUGACCCCCGGGAUGACGACAAGAACCUAGGGGCUCUUUGCGGUAGAGAUGUGGUCGUCAACACCAUUGGCAUUGGAGACAUGUUUGAUCAGCCAGAACAGAGUGAGACCCUGGUGUCCAUCGCAUGCAAUGAACCCCAGCGAGUUCAGAAGAUGAGGCUCUUCUCAGAUCUGGUGGCAGAGGAAUUCAUUGACAAGAUGGAGGACGUGCUCUGCCCAGAUCCACAGAUCGUCUGUCCUGAGCUGCCCUGUCAGACAGAGCUUGCAGUGGCCCAGUGCACGCAGCGCCCCGUUGACAUUGUCUUCUUGCUUGAUGGCUCUGAAAGGAUCGGGGAGCAGAAUUUCCACAGAGCCCACCGCUUUGUGGAGGAGGUGGCCCGACAGCUCACGCUGGCCAGGAGCAACGGUGACAACAUGAAUGCCCGGAUUGCGCUGCUGCAGUACGGCAGUGAGAGGGACCAGGACGUGGUCUUCCCACUGACCUACAACCUGACAGAAAUCUCCAACGCCCUGGCACAGAUCAAGUACCUGGACUCAUCCUCCAACAUCGGGUCAGCCAUCAUACACGCCGUCAACAACAUCGUGCUCAGCCCGGGAGAUGGGCAGCGACUCGCCCGGCGCAAUGCUGAGCUCUCCUUCGUUUUCAUCACUGAUGGCAUCACAGGAAGCAAGAACCUUGAGGAGGCCAUCAACUCCAUGAAGAAGCAAGAUGUCAUGCCCACAGUAGUGGCUCUCGGGAGUGACGUAGACAUGGACGUCCUGAUGAAGCUUGGUCUCGGGGACCGGGCGGCCAUAUUCCGGGAGAAGGACUAUGACAGCCUCUCCCAGCCCAGCUUCUUCGACAGGUUCAUUAGGUGGAUAUGUUAAAUGAAGGAAGUGCACGUCCUCCUCGCACCAGUAUACACACCCCUGAUAUUACCUGUUUUAUUUGCUUCCCUCUGUAUGGUUGCUAGCAACUCUGAGCUGGCCCAGAACAGCUGCCCUCUGGGUCCUCCUUUUUAGCCAAAAUCCAGAGCUUUUUUUUUUUUUAUUUUCAUGAUGAAAAGUCGUGUAUCUUACAUUUAUGGUGCUAAUUAAAACCAAGAUCGAAGCAGGAUACAGAGCCAUACAAUGUACUUCUGUAAAACUUUAUACACAUCAGGCCAUGACUUGCGUAUGUACUGUAAUCCUAGGAGGGCCUAUCAGAGAAGCAAGAAACCUUUCCAGCACAGCAGGACAAAUGAUCAUCUCUACUUUUCAGAUAAACUCUCAAUAUCCCUCAGUGUCCUGUGAGGAGCUUUACGGCUGUAACAUCCCCCCCUUCUUUAGCAAGCCCUUUUCCAGAUUUUCUCAUCUUUUUUGUUUUCUCGGUUCUUCUGCCCUGAGAGGACUGAGUGAGUUUAUGACACAUCACAUACUGCUUGAAAUAGUCAGCGGCUUGCUUUCCUUUUGCAUGGCCCUUGGUGGCUUGCUCCUCUUUCUCAGGAGCAAAGGGGUGGUGAGAGGUUUUACUGCCUUCUACAGUUGUCUGCAGAUGCUCCUUUUGGGGCUCUGUCUAUCCUUAAUUUCACAGAUCAUCUUUAAGAUCUUUUUUAUUUUUUUCCCAUGGGCCAUAUCUCCCUUGCUUCCUUCUGCCUUCUUCCAACCUUCAUCAGAACCCAUUCAUUUAUUACUGCACCCAAAAUCCUGGCUGAGAGGGACAGCACACCUCCCAGCAUCUCACAGAAUACCGGGCAGCCUCCGGAGCUGCCUCCCUGCCACCCCAAUGUGCUCAAAGCAACCAUGGUGCCUUCUUCCCACUGGUGUCCGCUGAGCAAUGCCCAGAUUUGAACUUGAAUUGUGCUGUCUGCGAAAAUAAACAAAUAAACUCUUUUCACCCUAUUC